AUGAGUUCUGCUCGUCAAGGUACAAACGAGUCCGGCCAGAGGAGAUCUACUAGAACACGGCAGAAAAAAGUGUUCGGCGACGACUUUAUCGAUCCAACAUCCGUCCCGCUCAAUCGACUAAGCUCUGGUUUCACAUCAGCUAUGCCGGUAAGAAUCCGUAUAAUACGAAUAGUUUGGAGAUCAUAUAUUUACUUACAGAGUCGGAGCGUCACCCCCGAUUUUCUGCCGGCGCCCUCGUCUUCUGCAGUGUUAGACCGGAUUGCACAGCAAGUGCAGGAAAAUCACCUGAAUGAGAUCAAGGAAGAAGAGCCUGAAGAACAGACCAACGACGAAAUGAGCGCCAGUCCAACUGGAACGUCAACUGAACCGGUGAAGGAGGAAAUACUGGAUCCAGAAGAUAUUGUAGAAGGUGUCAACCACUCCGAAUUCGAUGGAUCAUCAAUGCCGCCGACAACUAUGAACUCCAAUGAUAGAGUGAGUGACUUGACAGGUGAAUUUUCAACAUGGUUUUUCUUCAGAAACGGAGACAUCCCAAGAUGUAUGUGGACCAGGGAGUACCGCAUGACACAGUUAAGAAGAGAUCGAAGCAGACUGUCAAAAGAUCGAAAUGGAACGGUGAGAACCACGAUGAUAUUUUGACUAGCUUAACUCCCUUUCUUCCAGGUUUCUAUUAUGAUAUGCCGGAAGACAAACGGGCGUUGUCGGCUGAGGAGGACGCUCGUCGGAAUCGUGAGGCUGCCGAUAAAGUGGCUAUGAUACGUGAAGCCAACGUCAAGAAGAUACUGGAGAAUCGAUCUUUGGGAAAAGUUACGACCGGAGGACAAGCCAAAGCUCAAGACGCUGAAAUUUCGCAGUUUGUGGCCAGCGCGAAGAACAGCAGAAUUGUGCCAAUGCUCGUCGGGACUCGGCCAAUGCCGAAAGAUUCAAUUGGACAAUAUCUGAAGAUUCAAAGCGGCACCACCGCUCGUUUGGUGACAUACAAGGAUCGAAUGAUUGGAGUUCUACCGAUUUCCGCCCAGGGACAAGUCGUCGGCACUGCAAAUGCAAACGCGUCACCUUCUCAACCGCCCACGUUUCGGAACGGAUUUCGGCGAGUGCCCGGACUGACACCAGUUGGACAGCAGUUUAAGGAGCCGAAGCACGAGGAGCCGGAAACCAGUGACAAGUCCUUCGAAGACGCCACUAGUCCACGGGGCCGUUCUGUGAACUUGGCAAAAGUCUCUCCGGACCUCAGAAAAUUUACUGUGCUGAACAAUGUCACGAUGGCCAAAGCGAAACCGGGACAUGUGCCAGCCACUACCAGAACAAUCACCUUGCUUCCAACGACUUCCAUGCACUUAAACAAGGACGGAACUCCACCUGGUCCAUCGUCCGCCAUCAACAGGUCACCGAAUCCGCCCAUCAGCGGCACCAGACAAUACACGCUGGUGAGGAGAGUGAUAAACGGACAACCGCGCCAGAUCAUCACCGUGGUCAAAGGACCAGACGGCAAUAUUAUUCAGCCGAGACGGGUUGUGCUUGCGAAACCGAAUCAAGUCGCUCAACUGCCGCCUGUUCACAGACCGACGUCAGGACCAUACGUGAGCCGUCCUCGACCAAUUUCUCUGCCACGACCACAGCAUCGACCACCUCCGCAGCCACUGCUACAACCACCAUUGGCAGCGAUUGUGAAACAGAAUGCGUUGGAUCCGGUGAUGUUGAUCAAGCUGGAUCAUCCAUACUGCAAACCAGAAGAAAGUGAGGCCAACGACAAGAAGAACAGCCUUCAGAGGAGGUCGAUACCAGUCAACCAAGAUCCGUUGGAUUCUCGGCUGGUCUCGGCGACAGUGGUUCGGAAGCGCGGAGGCGACAAGACUACCGAGAUGGAUUACAUGCUCGCUUCAACACAGCCAUCUCGCAAACUCCAUCCAAACCAGCCUCAAAUUGUGAAUCCGGAAGAAGCGGACAGGGAUGUCUGUCUGUGCUUGCCAGCGUAUACUGAAGAAGUCGAGACAGAACCAGCUGAGGAGCCAGUUGUUUCACGGCAAAACGAAAGGGAAGAGUACGACCCCAACAAAACAUACGACUCGGACGUUGAGAUUGAGGUGGACAUGGAAGAAAUGAAGGAGUACGUCUUCAGACCAAAAGAGCAUCUGCAGGUAAUUGCGCAUCAAAUUGGUUUUGAUAAAAAGUGUGUUUUUUCAGAAGCAACUUGACAAGAGCGGAAAACGUGCUUGUCCAGUGGAGAAAAUUGUUGAAGCGGAUCACUCCAACUUGGUCGCCCGUUCAGAAGGUGUCGAAUCGAGUCCGGAUCCCAAGCCUGCCGGAAACUUUGAAACUCUCGAUUCUCAGAAGCAACACGUUGUUGCUGAAGAGUCUACAGAGCCCGUCGUGGAUGAGCAAGCUUUCGAGCCAGUCAAUGCUGAUCAGCCUCAGGAGCCGGAACAACCGGCGAUUCCAGAGCACCGAGUUUACCUUGGAGCCGAAGAGCCAAUGAAGGAUCUGGACGAGGACACGUACCGAUUCAGGCGAUACAAAAUCAAAGUGGUUGAUCAGUUCACUGCAAAAGACUACCGCCCGUUCGGAAAACGCCCAUCACAUCUUCUGAACACGCAUUCUGCUCGUGGUCUCUCGGCUGUGCUGCUUCCCGAAACAAACGAGGCACAGUAUAAACAGGAGGUUGAGGAGGAUUUGUGUGUGAAAGAAAAAAUAAGGAAAGAGGAGACGGAUAAGAUGAAUGCUGAGUUUAUCCGACAGAAAGAAGCUCUUGCUCAGAAGAUCAAUAAGAAUUCAUUACGGGUUUGGACUCACAUGCAAUCGGAUGAAUUCAAGAAGACUCUGAAGCCGGAGAGCGAAUUGACCGCAUUUGAAAAGAUUGUUUAUGGACACAAUGCGUUGGCUAAGAUUCCAGAGUACUCGGACUCUCUUUCUCACUCGAAUCCGACUCUCUACCAAAACCUUCUGCGAAUCAGUACCCGGGGUCAAUGGAAAACCGGCAAAAAGGUGAAACUCAGUUUGAAUUUUGUUUUAUAAUCAAUUGUUUUUCAGAAGGAUAUGCAGUCGAUCGACGAAACUGGAACGAUAAGGAUGUGCGGUCCAGUUCGUAUCGACUUUGACAGCCUCAUUCCAACGGGCACAUCAUCAAGCUUGUAUGAAUCCUGUCCGACAAAAACAGGCGAUUCGACACGUCUGACGGUCAUUUGGAACGGGGUCAAAACGAAAGUUUCUGAGCACAUACCCUGCCAUUUGUGCAACGACACGAUGCGUCUGUGCAUGCGCCGGUCCAACUACCGCGGAGAACUCCGAGAGUACCCGGCUUAUCGGUAAAUUAACCGCUAGAUUUGAAACAACACAAAUAUAAUCCUUUUUUGCAGAUGCCUUCGCAAAGGAUGCCAGACCUUCCGGUCAAUCAAGAAGAUGAUCGAUGGUGGGUCAAGGAGAAAAAAGGACAAGACGCGGGAACAGUGCAAGAAAAGCACAGGAACAUUGCACGCGCAGCCCAACAACCGUUCCGUUGCUCCAUCGACAAGCUCCGUGAAGAGAGGCUCAUCUGCAGAAGGCAGCGAGCAAUCGCCAUCUGACGGCGACUGCAGUCCCUCUGCCGGCUCAAGCGUACCGUAUUUCACGCGUUCUAGACGCACACGGAAGAGCAACUUCUCGAAUCUCUCCGUCGACUUUGUGUGCCCCAAAUCGGUAGCUGAAGUCGCUCGCCAAGAUCUCGAUGAGCACCACAACAGUACCGAGGAUGAGGAUGAGCUCGUCGAGUGGUCCGAAUUCCCGGACGGUAAAGAAGAGCCUCAGCCGGAAGUGAAGAAGGAAGCUCUUUCUCCAACCAAGGACAGCACUUCUAAUUCGUACAUCAACAGUACUGGUCACAACACCGACGAAGAGGACAUCGAACUCGCGGUGAAGCAGGAAGUGGUGUCGGACAAUGAGGAGGACGUGAAGCCCAAUUGCAAUUUCUCAGUGGAUUGCGACGACGAGCCACCACCACUUAUGGAUGCUGUGGAUCUGAAGCCCCGUCUUUCUCAAUCCACAUCUCCCCUUGUUCCACAUAAAAGCGCUGUAGCUUGCCCCGAGGAUCUAAUCAAAAUCUACAAACUAGACACCAUGACUACCGAGGAGAUGUUGGAUCUGGUGAUCUUGCGUCCGUUCCUGAGGAACGCUGUCGCACUGCAGAUGUCGAGAGCGGAAAAGGAACGCAGUAAGCCGGCCGAGAAGACGUCCAAAGAUGUGAAACCGGAGCAGUAUGUGGAGGAGAAACCGUCCCACCUGGUGAGUUUUUAAUGAAUUCACGCAGAUCUUUGUUCAUUGAACUAACAAAUCUUAUUUCAGCUGCCGCCGUAA